AUGACAAGGAUGCAGUUGGUCGAAUUUGUGCAAAGCAUCUGGAGACUGGUACAUGACGUGACUCAAGCUGAUGUCGGCGAUGCAGGUUCAUCAGCUUGUGCGGACAGCGAAGAAAACGAUGAGCAGGGCCAUAUCGAUCAACUUGAUGUCUUUGGUCUGAUGCCG